CCCACAACCCCAACCAUGGCCAGCCCUCUAACAACCCAAAUCUGGUCCGCAACAGUCCCCCUCCACAUCACCCUCGCCCCCUCCCUCCACCCCUCCUCCGGCCCGCCUCCGCCCUACCUCCUCAACAUCCCGCGGCUUUCCUACCUCCCUCUCCUCCUCCCGCGCCUCUCGGUCUUCUUCCAGGUCCCGCUCUCCUCAUUCACACACGAGGGAAUCGAGUUACGCCUCCUUCCUGCGGGGUUGCUGGCGGAUCUAUAUGCGCCGCAGCUUCCAUGGAGGAUAGAGGUUGGGGAUGGGUGGGGGGUGGGAGAGAGGGGAGUUGCGGAUGGGUUUAUGAAUAGUGUUAAGGAGGCUGAUUUCCUCCGAUAUGGGAGCGCAAAGGGGAUUAUGUCCAUGUCAGCCGAGAACUCAACUGCGCUAUGGGACGCCGUGAAAGAUAACAACUGCCCCGUCUUUGCGGCCCUCACCCGCCCCCUCCUCAACCCCGCCUCACCACUGCGGCAUAUCCCACUACGAAUAUACAUCCCUCACCCUGACAGCGGCACCAACAACACCGGUUCCUUUCGCGUCAUCCAAGGACUCGUUCCGCCUCGGCUGCCAAAUAAUGACCAUCAAACACUAGGCCACGCACUCCAUACCCUCAUCCCCACCCUCUUCCCCUCCCGCCGCGACCCUAUCCUCGCUGCCGCAAUCCUGCACGGCGCCCGUGUGCCACUACACGCCACGCUUGAGGACCUAAUGCGCGAGUGCGCGUAUGCGGAUGGUUGGGUUGCGGUGGUGGGUGUAAUGCUGUAGUUGUUGUGGGUGGGUGUGUCGGUGGCUUCAAUUUCAAGUAAGUUAGUAUGGGCUGGAUGACCAGAGAGGGGUUAUGGGCUAGGAGAUAGACCGGGAUGGAGUGGAGGAACACUCCACACGCCGAGCGAAACAGGAAGUAUGAGAUGGGAUAGAUUACCUUGGUUACGACGUUACGACUCUCACAUCAAUCACAUGAAUACCAUCCAGACCAUAUAUGAGUAACAACAUCCCUCCCUUGAUAUUUCAUCUAUCUG